AUGAAACCAUUUCUACCGACGGUACGCUUACAACAGUUACCACAACAGAUUGUGGUGGUGAUGAUGAUGGUGGAUCCGUUCCUUCUGGUUGUGGUACUCUUACUUCCGUUAUUUCUAGUACUACACAUACUUGGACAACUUGUACUGGGAUCUGUGUCACCACCGCCAGGUUGUGAAUUUUCAACUACUAGGGAACUCACUAGUCUUUUGGUUUGUAGCAGUGAAUGUACCAAGACAUUCUCCACUGAUGAUCGCACAACCACGGUGACUUUUUCAAGCUGUCCAUCUGGUGAAAUCACUGCUCCUCCAGGAUUCUAUCCAGAACAACCAUCAGGUUGUUCAGCCUAUUCAGGAACUAUUUAUUGUCCAGAUUAUUGUGAAACGUAUGUGGACUAUCCAUUCUACUAUGGUAUGCAAUUUACAGUUACCCAUACAAGCUGUGAUGGUAGUCAAAGUUGUGACUUUAUAACCACUGGUGCUUAUCCAAGUUUUGAUUGUCCAGUGUCUUCAGGUGCAGCAUGUACCAAGAAAUUCACUUCAGAAGGACAAGUCACCACUGUUACAUUAGAUCCUUGCCCACUGGGUGAAAUAACUCCACCACCAGGAUUCCCAGCUGAGAUUAUUGGAUGUACUUCAUUUUCAACCUAUUAUUUCUGUGGUGAAAAUUGUCAAUACUUCACUACAAGUUGGUCAUAUUACAAUCAAGUCAUUAGUAAAUGGAUCACUUCAUGUGAUACAAGUGGUUGUGAAAUAGUUACAGAUAAUGGUUAUCCAAGUUAUAGUUGUCCAACUGCUAGUGAUGAUUCUGAAGCUGCUUGUACUAAAACCUUCAGUCAUGAAGAUCGUACUGUUACUAUCACCUUCGAUGAAUGUCCACUGGGUGAAAUCACACCUCCACCAGAUUUGACUAUCCCACCCGUUAUUGGUUGCACCACCUAUCAAAACGAAACCUACUGUCCUGAUAACUGUAUUUUGUCUGGUACUAUUUUUACCUAUUAUAACACUAUAAACAACUAUAUCUACAGUGUUUGUGAUACUAGUGGCUGUGCAUUUGUAACAGGUGCCACACCAUCUUUCAUCUGCUCUGGCACUCCAGGUGAGCCUGAGGAACCAACCCCUUGUACCAAAACAUUUAGUCAUGAAGAUCGUACAACAACUAUCACGUUUGAUCAAUGUCCACUGGGAACCAUAACUCCACCUCCAGAUUUGGCUAUUCCACCUGUUAUUGGAUGUACUACCUAUCAAGAUGAAACUUACUGUCCUGAUAACUGUGUCUUAUCUGGAACUAUAUUUACUUAUUAUGGUACUAUAAAUAACUACAUCUACAGUGUUUGUGAUACAGCUGGCUGUGAAUUUAUUACAAGCGGAACUCCAUCUUUUAGCUGCUCUGCAACACCAGGUGAACCUGGACACCCUGGUCACCCAGAUCAUCCUGGACACCCAGAUCACCCUGGUCAUCCAAAUCAUCCUGGUAAACCAAACUCAUGCACCAAAACAUUUGUUGAUGGAGAUUAUUCGACCACAGUAUAUUUUGAUGAUUGUCCACUGGGUACUAUAACACCACCUCCAAAUUUUGGUCCUCUGAGAACUGUUGGAUGCACUACUUCUGGUGAUGACACCAUUUGUCCUACACCAUGUACUGGAACGGGAUCUCAAGUGGAUUAUUAUGGUACUUCAUACUAUCAAUUAUACACAAUUUGUGGAACUGAUCAUACUAAAUCUACUUGUUUGUCUACUACAACAAGAAAAUGUUACACUUACACUUACACUUUGAUGGAAGAAACCACUUAUGUAACUGUCGUUCCUGUUUGA